UCCUCGCUCUCUUGGAUGCUCUGCCUUUUGCUCCUCCCUCUCUUCCCUCAAAGCCAGCAGGCUGCUAUUUGAUCCACACGGCUUGUUACAUGAUCUCCUGGAAAACAACACUUUUAACAUCGCACGAUGGCUUUUCGGUGUAUCCUUGCUUUGCAGUGCUGAGAACAUGAAAGGAUGCCAGCGGCAGGAAAGUGAAACAUCAUUAUCUGACUGCCCUUCCCCUUCCCCUGCUGUGAUUUCAACCUAUGUAUCUGUUCCUCCCCCCGACCCCCUUUUCUUUGUAGCCCUUGUCAGAACCCUGUCACCCCCAUCUCCUGAUUAACAUUGUCCACCCCUUGACAAUGUUACCAUGGAUUAACCUGCUGCAGCCAUUCCUUGCCUUGAUCUCCUCCACCUUGCUUACUCAGGGCCAAAACUGCCCAUCCAGCUGUUUGUGUCCAGACCACCACACUGUGGACUGCACUGGAAAAGGUCUGACCCACGUGCCGGACUCAAUCCCUUUGGACGUUCGCCGUCUUCUGCUCUCCAACAACUGGAUCCCCUGGAUCCCCUCUGACUUCUUGGUUCUCUACAGUGACCUGGUCUACCUGGAUCUGAGGAAUAACUCCCUGUCACUGCUGGAACCAGGGACCCUUAGCACCUCCUCCAGAUUGGUGUUUUUGGACCUGGGGAGCAACAAUCUGACAGAAAUCCCCUCUGGGACAUUUGGGGAGUCUAGAAGUCUAAUUAAAUUGCGACUGGGGAACAACCCACACUUAACCAUGAUGGGUAAGGAUGCUUUCAUAGGACUGACAUCUCUGAGGGAGUUAGAGCUGGAGCGGAAUGGUUUCACAGAGCUGGACGUCAGUGUCUUGGAACCACUGCCCUCUCUUCGGAAACUACGCUUGGAGGGCAACCCCUGGCUUUGCAACUGCCACUUUGCUAAACUGUUUGUAUGGCUGACUGAGAACCGUCACAAGCUCCCAACGGGUAUGGAGGGGAUUGAGUGCUCCCUGCCUCUGAACGGACGUCGCAUCCCCCUCAGUUUACUCUCUGAGGACAGUUUCCGGGAGUGUCGUGGUACCCUCACCCUCACCGACUACCUCAUUGUUAUCUUCUCUGGCAUCUCUGUCUCUGUGGCAGCCAUCAUGGCCAGUUUCUUCCUGGCAUCCACGGUGCACUGUUUCCAACGCUUCAGCAAAGGCAGCAAAGGAGAUGAUGACGACGGGAGUGACUGAUGGAAGUGGCGAACAAUAAAAGGAUUUUUUUUUAUCAAAUGACAUUUUCUUAUAAAAACUUACUCUAAGAGCCUAGUAUCCCAAAGGUGGACAAAACAAAAAGGUGAGAAGAGGUACUUGGAUGAAUGAAAAGAAGAAAACUCUAAUCACGUCAACACCUGAAGCUCUUUGAGAAAUGACACACAUCUUGUAUCAUGUUGAAAUUAUGUUUAAUUUGUUAAAUAUAGCAGUUUAUGUAUCUGGAAACAAUAAUUACUGUUGAAAUAAGCUAAUGCCACAGACAUUGAUCAGUAUGAUCAUUUUAAAGAAAUUGAAAACUCUGCUUGAUUUCAGUCACAUUCUAUCAGAAAACUUCAACUGGCAAUAACGGUGGAAUCACUCAGACAUGACACUGACUCUAGAAAGUCCAAGAGUACAUUUGAGAACAAACCCUUCAUUUAUGACCACCACAGAGGGAUGGACUACAUAUGUGUUUUUUAUUGGAAAAGUGUGAAAAUGGUUUUACAACUCCAGGAAAGCUAUUAUGACAUUAUACGAUUUUUUUUUUCUUCAACUGUGACAAUCAUGAGUUACAUAGUGGAAUUACGCUGUUCCAUUUAAAAUUACCAGGAAUGUAUGAAUGCAUAUCUGAAUGGCCAACAAGGUGUGUUGCUGGAAGAUAAGAUAUUAUGUUAGUUUUUUGCUUGACAAACUCUUUGUUUUCUUUUCCUUCAUCUCCCUGUGUUGAAUCCAUGCUGUAUUGCCUUACAAACCCCGUUCAUAUGAAUAAGAGGUCUGCAAGUUUUCAUUGCAGAGCUGGAGUCACCCUUAAAACAGCCUUAAUCCUCCCAUUUUGUUGACGAACAGACAACUCACCACCCCUGGUUGACGUACAUAGUAUCUUACUUUGGCUUUGGCCUGGGUACUGUGUAGAUAAAACAGUCUGUGUAAAUCAGUAUUAAACCACUGUAUAUGAUUAACUUCAUCAUGUUUACAUACAAGCUCAAGACUGCUUUGUGUUCCAUCCAUCCAACGUCACAUAGCAUGUUUUAAAUGUUCAGUCUUUAGAAUGUGCAUGUGUUUACUUUAAAGAGACAAUACUAAAGAACCCGAGAGCAAGUGUUAGGAUUUUAAUGAAAAAUCCAACCUGCAACCUCUACAUUGAAACCAGUGUAAUGUGGCUUUUAUCAUAGAUGUAGACAAUGGAGGCAAAUAAGUAAGAAAUUAAGUAGUGGAGUUAGCUAAUGUCAAUAAACCACCAACCAUCAGUAUGAAACAGACGCCAAUGGAAACAGUCACCGGAAAAAUUAUGACAGAUAUGAGCAGAAAAUUGUUUUUUUGUUUUGUUUUGGGUUUUUUUCAGCCUUUUCACACCAGUUCAGUCUGAUUAUCAAACAGUCUGAGAUGUGUUUGCUAACCACAUCGGUAUUGUUUAUUUGCAUUGUAUUGUUAUUAUUGUGGGGCUUAAGCACCAUUAUGCCUGACUCCAGUUCAGGCUAAAGGUAAGUAUUCAUAUUAAUAUUUUUUAUACAUUUCCAAUUGUUUUCUGAAAAUCUUUGCUUAAUGUAAAUUUUUUUUUUUCUACUUAAGUCAUCAUUAGUCAAUUCACUGUAAUCGUUCAAGCAACAAUAGAAUCAUAACAACAAAAAUGGUAGCAGAGGAUUUGAGGUCCCCGUCACUACCUGAUUUGUGCCAGAAACCAUAUUUGUUUGAAGCAUUGUGCAAAAAUGUUAAUUCUGUUCUUAACAAAACUGCAUAUGAAUAUUGUUUUUAAUAUGACACUAGUUACAAUAGUGGUCUUAAUAUAAGUAUUUUCCAGCUAUUGAAUCUCCUAAUAUGCUGGUGAACUAACAGCAGCUAACAUUAGAAACAAGCUAACCACAGUUUAUCAAUUCAGUUAGACUGACUGCAAAUUACACAGUUGGAGUUUCUAAAACCAGAAAUAUUCAUGUCUUUUAAGAAAUAAUGCAUUAGUGGAAAGCCCAAUUCAUUUAAUUAAUAUGAUUAGUUAAACAAAUAAAGCAAAAAACCUAUUUCAUAAGUAUUGUAUAUUUUCACACUAAAUAUAAUAAGAAAUAAUUGGAAUGUUCUACUUCAUUACAAGUAAAAACAAAUACAAAACAUUUUAUUCAGGUUUAUUAAAUUUCAGAUGUUUUAUUUUGAAAGAUUUAAUGUUUUGUGUAGAAUAAAUUGAGUUCCUGGUAUGGUUCAGGUAGUGAUGCUCAGUCCUUGAAGAGCCUUACCUAAGACAAGACAACCACUGAUGAACAAUUUUAUCAUGAUCUUUUAACCUACAGCAGAUUUUAUAUGUAGCAAGGAUCACAAGAGGGCUGAUUAAAGUCUUUAUUUCAUUAUUAAGAGCUGCUUUUGUUGUGUUUUGUGGAUUAUAUACUCUCAGGUGGUUCAACACAGCAUGGUUUUAUCAAGACCCAAAGUGCUCAAAACUAAAGAGGAAUUCAUGAAAUAGCAACUUCAUGUGAAAAAAUAUUAACAAAAUGUA